AUGUUUCGACGAUGCGAGCGACGGUGCAUGAACCGUGGGCAUUUGAUGCCGACACCGUCAAAGUACUCGGAUAGGCCUGGCAUGUGGGGCCCAGGGGCGGGUCCGCCGAAAGACACUCUCGCUCGUCGGUCAAUGUUUUUUCGCAUGCUGGUGAUGAAUAAAAUAGGACGCUUGACGAAGCCAUUUCGUACCAAUCGUGUUCGAUGGAUUUGGCGCAAGACGCAGCUGCAAUUAUGGAAAACUUUUGUGAUGUCAAUGGUGUUUAUGUGUUUGUUACUCUUUGGGAACAUAUGGCUGUCUUUUGUGUACCAUGCCUACACGGUGGGCCCAACAACACCUGUUCUUGAAAGAAAAGUCCGUGAGCACCGAGUUUCAAAACAGAUUCUGCAAAUGGUGCGAGAGAGAGAAAAGGAAAUGGUGAAGGAGGAAGAGUUGGAUAGCGCCAAAAAGCUGUUAGAGGCUCAAAAGGCUUCAAAGUGA